GGAGGUAGCUUCGCAUAACUUGGAAAGAGUGUUGUGUCCUAAUCUCUUAGAAACUACAGCAUUUGGUAGAGAGAGAGAGAGAGAGAGAGAGAGAGAAAAGAGGAAGAUGCCUUGCCUUUAUAUCUCUACCAACGUCAACCUUGACGGAGUUGACACUGAUUCCAUCUUCUCAGAAGCCACCAAAGCUGUCUCCACCAUUAUCGGAAAGCCUGAAAACUUUGUGAUGGUUAUACUGAAGGGAUCAGUAGCUAUAUCAUUUGGAGGGAAUAAAGACCCAGCGGCAUAUGCAGAAAUAGUGUCAAUGGGUGGGAUUAAUUCAGCAGUGAAGAAGGACCUGAUUGCUACACUUGGCACGAUUCUGCAUGCCAAGCUGUCUGUACCCAGGACUCGAUUUUUUCUCAAAGUGUUUGAUACAACUGCAGGUCGUACUAAUUCCAAGUUGUGAUGGUUCUCGGGCAACAUACAUAUAAUCCGACUCAAUAAGAACGCGUUUCAUCUUUCCUUACUUUCCUUACUAUUUUUGUACCUUUUUUGUUUGCAUCCUUCCAACCUUUUUUUUUGGGCCCUAGGCUGCUCUUGUAUUCCUUCUAUCUAUAUCAUGAUAAUGUGAUAUUCUAUACUAAUUGCAAGUGAAAGUGGGAGAUCCAUUUGAUA